GCAGAUGACCAGUUCAAGAAGAUCGUUCUCGAAACACUAAAUAAAAUUACUGAAGGUCUUGAGAGAAACACAAACAUACUACAAGUGCAUAAGAAUGUAUUGGAAGUCCUUCAGGAAAACAGAGAAACUCAAAAUCAGCGUCAAGAAACAAUACGUAAAUUACAAGUGGAUUAUCAUCUGAGAGAAGAAGCAUCAGCAGCACAACUUAGGGAAGCUGAAGAACGUCGUGCCAGAUGUGAGGUACAUCACAAUAACACGCAGCAUCACUUACAAGAAUGUCAGCAGAACAUGAAGGUUAUAACCAUGACAAACCCUCCUGCACGAGACUGCUCGGACAUUCAACACGAAGGUGUGACUGACAGAGGUAUCUACGAGAUCUCCCCUCAGAGUUCUGCAGGUGUGAGUGUGUUGUGUAUUAAAGACGAAGAACACAUGUGGACGGUGUUCCUCGCCCGCCAGCGCCAGACUCCACAAGAGAUUUUCAACAGGCCCUGGCAAGACUACAAGACUGGCUUCGGUGACCCACGUGGAGAAUAUUGGCUGGGUAAUGACAACCUUCAGGCCCUGACUAGCGGAGGUCGUCGUUACCGACUCAAGGUGAUCGCUACCAACCUGCAAGGAGAACAACAUUCUGCAGAGUGGGAGACGUUUAAGGUGGCCAAUGAAGCUAACAAGUAUAAACUCACAGUGGGAGGCUACACCAGCACCAGCACCAAUACACUUGGUGAUGCACUUGCGAUUGACAUAAACGGCAGGAGUUUCACCACAUUGGACCGUGACAAUGACGAGUCAGAUGGGAACUGUGCUGUACAUCGUGGUGGAGGCUGGUGGUACAACAACUGUGCCUGGGCCACUGCCACCUCACCACUGUGUAACAUUGCCGAUGACGAGAGGGUGCUGUACUGGCGCAACUUCAACCCAGGUGAGGAUGGUCACCGCACUAGUCUCUCCCAGCUACUGAUGAUGAUUACCACUGACACUACCACCACUGACACUACCCAAACUCAACACUGAUAGUACCACCAAUGGCAUUACCACAACUACCAACACAUAACACUGGUUCUACCACUACUACCACCACUCAACACUGACACUACCAUCAAUAACACUACCACAACUACCAACACAUAACACUGAUUUUAAGACCACUACCACCACUCAACAACUGACACUACCAC